AGGUCCCGCAGCGACUCAGCCGCAGGAUCAGCUGGGCGGACGGAGGCCUCGCUCACAAAGUCUCUCUGUUCUUUUCUUGUGUUCGUUAGUGAGUGACAAUGUCUGCGGCCGGGGAAAAAGUAGUGGACACGGCCGAAGAAGUGGCCGAUGACGUGGGUCAUGCUUAUGGUUCUUGGUUUAAGAGUUACAUGAAGAUCUUUGGGCGAAGGGCGUUGGAAUGGUUCCUUGUUUACAUGUUUGGUUACUACAACGUGAGCUUCGGAUGGCUGAUGGCGCCGCUAUUUUUCCUUGUCCUGAGAGACAAGAGAGCCAAGGAGAAAAAGAUCAAGUUCGACAUCAUCCGAUCCAUAGCCAACGCUGACGAGAAGGAUAUUAUCCAAGAAAUCCAACGCUUCUCCAACCUCCCGUCGUGGGUGACCUUCCCAGACAUGGAACGUGUGGAGUGGCUUAACAAGAUCAUCAGACAACUGUGGCCCUAUGCUGGUCAGUAUGUAAAGGACCUGUGCAAGUACUCCAUCGAGCCCAGCAUGCGCACAGCUCUUGAAGAAUACAAGCUAAAUGGUUUCCAAUUUGAGAAGAUCAUUCUGGGAGACACUCCACCUAGAUUCUCAGGGGUCAAGGUCUAUGAUGACACGUCACGUCACGAAAUCAUCAUGGACAUGGACUUUGCGUAUGCUGGAGACUGCAAGUUUGAAGUGAGUGUGUCAAAGUUCAAGAUGGGCAUCAAAGACUUACAGAUAUCUGGACGGCUCCGUGUCAUGAUGAAACCGCUGGUGAAGCAAAUCCCUCUUGUGGGUGGUCUUCAGGUCUUCUUCCUCAAUAAUCCCGAUGUGGACUUCAAUCUCAUUGGACUUGCUGACGUGUUUGACAUGCCUGGACUCAGUGACAUCCUGCGAAGCAUCGUGACAGAACAGAUUGGACACAUGAUGGUGCUGCCAAAUAGAUACCCCAUACAGCUCGUGGAUGACAUUGAUGUAGUUGAGCUCAAGUGCCCAGCCCCAGCUGGUGUGAUUCGUCUUAAUGUCAUCGAGGCCCAGAACUUGAUGAAAAAGGACAUUGGCAUCAUGGGCACGGGCAAGUCUGACCCUUACUGCAUCCUCCGUCUUGGUGCGCAGAAAUUCCAGACCAAGACCAUUAACAACACGGUCAAUCCUAAGUGGGACUUCUGCUGUGAGUUCUUGACUGAGGUUAUACAGUCGCAAGAGCUAGAUUUUGAACUUUUCGAUCUAGAUGACGGGCCAGGCCGGGACGAGUUUUUGGGGAGAGCCAAUUUGGAUGUUCAGGAAAUUUGGAAGAAUGGAGAAGUAGAUAUGUGGGUGCCGCUGUCUGAGGCCAAGUCAGGUCGCAUUCACAUCCGAGCCACUUGGUUAGAUCUCAGUGACACUGCUGACUCUCUGCAACUGCAACUUGAGGAAAUCCGUGCUCUUCAAGUGACAACAAAGAACCCACUUCACAGUGCUGUGCUCAUGGUCUGGGUGGAUUCUGCCAAGAAACUCAAUCCGUCACAUAAGCAAAUCCCAGAUCCAUUUGUGAGGCUCUAUGUUGGUAAUGAGAAGGGAGAAACAGCUGUACGGCAGCGAACAAAUGACCCAGUCUUUGAGGAGGGCUUCACCUUCCUUGUCCGUAACCCACGCACCCAGGAGCUGAAGCUUGAGGUAAUUGAUCAGAAGACUACCCAGAUCCAAGGUAAGGUGGAGCUAGACCUCAACGUUUUCUUGAAGGAGCGUAAAAUGGAAGUCAUUGGUGAAGACUACAGCCUAAGUGGGGCCUCAGGAGGUCUGUCGACAUUGAAACUGAACAUAACUUUGAGGAUCUUGAAGACUGCUCUCAAAACUGAUGAUGGAGAUGGUGGUCCUCAGGAAAAGGGUGAGACGGAAAUCUCAUCCUCAUCCCCUGCUGCCAUAUCAGAACCUCCUCCUUCCUCUUCCUCCUCCUCCAUGCCACCAUCCACACCUGCACCUUCUAUCCCAUCCAAAGAGUCAGUUGGCAUUCCUGAUCCUAUUCCUGCUGAUGUUCCUGAACAAAAGUCUGCCCCUGUAAGGGAACCUGGGUCGUUGGCAGACCAGAGCGAAGGCCCAAGUGUGGCCACAGAUGCUGAUGUGUCUGUUCCAGCACCAGGAGGGGGCAUAGAGCCUCCCACAGAGGUUACUUCUGUUGAAGAGGUGAUGUCCACAGCAGCUACUCCUCUGAUGCAGAUGUUCCCCUCAGCAACAUCCAGCGAAGAAUCAUCCAUCAGGCAGAGGACAACGCCUGCAAGCAAUGCUGGGAUACAUGGGCUUGGUCGUGUUCAGCUGACAGUCAAGUAUGGUCCAAGGAACAAUCUCAUCAUUGUUGUACAUCAGAUUGAAAAUUUGCCAAAGGAAGAGGAUGGAGAGCUGCCUGACCCCUAUGUGAAGUUGUACCUCCUACCAGACCGCUCCAAAGACAGCAAGCGAAAAACUGAUGUCAUCAAGGAUGACUGCAAUCCCAAGUAUGAUGAGCGUUUUGAGUAUCCUAUCCCGCCCAAUGAGCUGACACAGCGCACUCUUGAAGUUAGUGUCAUCAACAAGAAGGGACUGCUCUUCCUGCAACGAUCACCGAAGAUGGGUCAGGUCAGAUUGGACUGUGGCCUCCUUGACUCCAGCAAAAUGACUCAGUGGUAUGACCUUGCUCCAGCUGCGGAUGAUGACGAGGAGUGAGGACGGCAAAGUGUGCUAGGCCGAGUCGGAAGUUGGCGAGGGAGCCUUCGCCGAAUUACUAAGCUGGCUGAUAUUGCAAAGACUAAAAAGAAAAAAAAAGUAUGAUUGUUUAAGCUAGCUUCAAAUGCUUCUAUGGAUGUAUGAUUUUCUCGCAAAACUGAUAGUACUGGUAGCAUAUGUUUAGAUAGUGUUUUGAUUUGAUUAUUUUGAAACAUGGGAAUGGUGAGGCAAGAAUACAGGCUGAUGAACAGUUAAUUGCGAGACAAGAAAAAUGCAGAUAAUAACACACAAAGAAAAUUUUACCCAUGCAAUGCCUGGAAUGAGCAAACACACUUGGCCUGCACACUUGGUCGUACAAUAAUGGUUACUGAGGGUCACAUUGAUACCAGAAUCAAUGAAAAGCAGUGAUCUUGCUAUUUGGUAGAACAGCUUAUAGGCUACUAAUUAAUAUUCUGUUCUCUCUUCUGUAAAAUCCCAUUUCUUGCUUUCCUGCAGCUGAAGUUAUGGCACUUGACACAAAUAAUGAAAUUGUAACUUUCAUCUAUUUUCUUUAUAAUGAGUUUUGAAUGUAGGUAAAUAUAAAUUGAUAUUAUGGAAGUCCUCAUUUUUUCUUGUAGGUAUCACCACAAAUUAGUUUAGAAAAAAAAUCAUAGUAAAUUUCAGUAUUGUGUGGCCUUAAGUAGUGUGUUCUUCAGUCCAGGGUUAUUUUUAUAUUUGCCUUAUAGAUAACAGCACAAAUAGGAGCUUUUACAAGUACUUGCAUUUUACUUUAGGUUAGUUUUUUAUAGAAAAUUUUCCAAGCUUAUUUUUGUUAUUGUCAUUCAUAAAUUUCACCAUUCACUGUGCCCAUCAUUCAAAGAAAAGAAAAAAAGAUGGGUGCUCUUGCAUCUCUCACUCAUCUCCCUAGUAUAUAUUAUGGUUGUGUGUAGGACAUGGUAGACAGGAAGAGUGGAUCGAUAUCCCAUAGGCCUGUGCGUGUUCAUUCUUUAGUAAUCUCAUAGUUUUACUAUUUAGUUCAGAUUUGCGUGCCAAUUUAAUAGCCAACUCUGGCUGUUAUUUAAAUGUGUCCUGCAAUUAUUUUCUUUUUCACACAUUACAAUAACUUGAUGUUUGCCUGAUUUUUGGAGCUUUUGCUGAAAAAAGAAAAGGUGAAAACUUGAGUUUAUUAUGUAGUUGUUGCAGCAAAAUAUCUUUCUCAGGAACAAGAGAAGCAACAGGCUGCUGUGUAGAUGUAUGUAUAGUGAGAACUAUAAAAAAAAAAGCUUAGUUUCCUCAAAGUAACAUGUAAGAAUGAGAACAAGAUAAUUCUCAAUGGAAAAGACACAAGAAUUUAGUUAACCAGUUAAAUGGCAUCAUUCAUUCUUGAAUGGAAAAUUAUAACAUUGCUUGUGAACUUUAAUUUUCAUUGAAGAGAAAUUAAGGUAAUAAUACAAGGCUUAGAAAUUAUGCCAGGUUUGUCUUUUCAUUACCAACAAAUCAAGGUAUGAAACAUUAUUUGGACAGCUUAUAAAACUUCAGGAUAAUAGAAAUUACAAAGAAGACAGCUUAGGCAGCAAUAUAUUUAUUAUCUUUCAUACAUGAAUGGCGCUAAAUCUUGACUAAAUAUGUUUCCCAGUAAUUUUUGGUUUGAUUUUUCAAAUGCACUGAUCACAUGGUUGAAGUUCUUAUUAUAAACCAUGUAAUAUAUUUACAAACAAAGUUUUGUCACAUUUUGCUCUACAUCCCAUCCAGACAUUCAGAUAAUGUGAGUUGUUACAUUGCAUUUUGGGGCUUAGGUCAUGUAAUAACAUUUUUGAUUGUGACUUUUUGGGGAAGAAUUAUCUUUAAUAAUUGUUCACUUAAUACCAAUGUUUAGAGAACCUCAAAAGUAAAUGCAAAGUAUUGAAUGAGAAUAUACAACCAACACUGAUAGUCAUCCCAAAGGGUAUUGGUCAUUUCUUCCCUUCAUUUAUAAUAAAUGGUUUGUUAAAUUCAGUAGGGCAAUAGGGUUUCUUUUUAAUUGGUGCUAUAGUAUUUUAGUGAGAAAUUUUGCUGUUGAUCUUUUUCAAUGUUGAUAAUUGGUAGUAAAAUUAACAUAGAAAGACAAUGAACUACUUAUAAUAUGACGUUACAUGCAUUAUAAAUUUGCCUUGCUAUAUUAAACGAAAAAUAAGACUGCCUUUAGUGUAUAGUUUGUGUACAGUAUAUUAAAUAUCUAUCUGUUAGAUUUAUGCAGCUUGUGAUGUUUAUGCUAAGAUCUGAAAGUGUAGUUGCUGUUUACUAAAAUUUCUGCAAAAUUUGGCCCUUUGUGGUAGGCUUCAUCAGAUUGGCAAGCACUUAAUAAUAACACAUGUUUUUGUUCUUUCCCUCAUUAAUUAUUUUAAUCUCGCAAUGUGUUGCAUUUGCAAAACACAUUUAAAAUUAUAGUGAUACAAAUCUUUUGAGUUCUUUAUCUCAUUGCAUAACAUGCAAUCAAAAGUCAUAGGUUAUAUGAUAGAAAAAUCUGUACAGUUACAAGUAAAACAUAAUCUUGAAUGGUAUGCCUUAUUAAAAGUAGUGUUAUAUUAGAUACUUUGUCCAAAAAGAGCUUGAUAAAAUGUAUUACCAAUCUAUGCUUGUAACUUGAGAGUAAAUCAGGAUAUGCUUCAGCUUACAUGCAAAUGUGUGUGGAUGUUUGUGAGUACUCAUGUUUACAAAGGUGGUUGACUGUAUAUGUGUGUGUGCAUGCAGAUACAGAAAUAUAUGUUUGUAUAAGCUUUACUUGUGUUGUUUAUUUAUACAGACAUAUAUUUGUUAACAUCUUUCCUUUAUUGUAUUGUCAAAAGUUACAGAAAAUUGUACUUAAGAGGUUUAGGAUCAUAUUAUAUAUCUACCAAAAGAUUAUUCUUUUGUUUCCUUGAUUUUUACAUGUUAGAUGGAUGAACUAAAAUCUGAGAAAUAUAUUGUUUUCUGCAGUUAUUUGGUGCUAAAUACAGCCACCAAAAAUAAAGUUUUGUUGAAUUUGUUUUUUUUUUUAUUUGUGUGCUAUGUUGAAAUAUUUAAUUUUGGGUAAACCUGUUUUAUUUACAAAAACAAAAUCUAUCACUGAGAAAACACACAAAAUGAUGCUGAUUUCAGAAAGGGGGGGAAACAAAUAAAAAAUAGACUUUGGCUUAUUAUUGGUCCAAACACAUGGAUGAUCAUAAUUUCCCAGGAUGUUAUCAAGAAAAAAAUAUGGAUUAAUAAAAAAACACCAAUUAUUUUAUUUCCGUUUCAUUCAUAAGCCUAAUAUGAAUUUUCCGAUAUUGCAUAUAUACUGUAAGCUGUAAACUAACGACAGUGUACCAAAAAAUUCUGCAACCUGAUGUCUAUUUUAACUACUUCUUUGUGAUAAUUGUCCUGGUGAAGGUUACUAUAGAUGGAUAAUAAAGCUUUUUCAAAUUUA